AUGCAUUCAACCUUGCCCGUCUCAACAUCCAUGUUGAAGACGUUGAUUGUAGGUGAUCUCCUUGUACGAACAGUACUGCUUGAAGGCUUGUUUCACCAGAGCCUGGAUUCUGCGAGGAUCCUUCUUGGCUCCCUCCUGCUUGUGAUAAGCAAUGCAGUGGAAGACACACUCGUUGUUCGUCUUGGGGAAGUUGAUGACGUGCUUGUUAUUACGAAUCGCCUUAGGAAUGACAGCCUCGCUAUCACCCAGAGCAUGGUCGCGUUGGUAGAUAUAGAUUUUGAAGCCACCAACUCCAUGGAGCGAAUCUCCGAGAUCACCUUCUUACGAAUAUUAGCCUUGCUGUUGAUAGCUACAGGAGUGCUAAAUACAGACGUGUUGCUAAUAUUCGGGUGGAAGUAG